UGUAUAAAAGGAUCGCAUGACACGAAUGGCGCGUACUUAAAGGGAAGAAAGAGUCAAAGACACGUCAGAAAUCCAAAACUCUUAAAACAAAAAAUAUUCUUCUCUUCUCUUUUCACUUCGUCGUCUUCAUCUGCGACCUAACAAAAAAAAAUCCCCAAUUUUACUCUUCCAAUUCCCAAUUCAAAACCCUAAUUCAAUCCCCUAAAAUCAACAACAACAUCAAUCGAUGUGGGCUGCUUCAUGCUUAGCGUCAUGCUGCGCAGCUUGCGCAUGCGACGCUUGCAGGACCGUCGUUUCAGGGAUCAGCCGUCGUUCAGCCAGGAUCGCUUAUUGUGGUCUCUUUGCUCUUUCUCUUGUUGUUGCUUGGAUCCUUCGUGAAGUCGCUGCUCCUCUCAUGGAAUCUAUUCCUUGGAUUAAUCACUUCAAACAAACUCCGAGCCGGGAGUGGUUUGAGACAGAUGCAGUUCUUCGUGUUAGCUUUGGAAACUUUCUAUUUUUUACUAUUCUGGCUACUAUGAUGGUUGGCGUCAAAACACAGAAGGAUCCUCGUGAUGGUUUGCAUCAUGGGGGUUGGAUGAUGAAAGUUAUCUGUUGGUGUCUUAUGAUAAUCUUUACAUUUUUCCUUCCAAACGAGAUCAUCAACUUUUAUGAGACAAUAUCAAAGUUUGGCUCCGGCAUGUUUCUUCUUGUUCAAGUUGUGCUCUUAUUGGAUUUUGUUCAUAGAUGGAAUGACACAUGGGUUGGAUAUGAUGAACAAUUCUGGUAUAUUGCUUUAUUUGUUGUUUCACUUGUUUGUUACGUGGCCACACUUGUUUUCUCGGGAGUUCUCUUUCACUUCUUCACACCAUCUGGACAGGACUGUGGAAUCAAUGUCUUCUUUAUUUCUAUGACCCUGAUGCUCGCAUUUGUUUUUGCCAUAGUAGCUUUACAUCCUGCAGUAAAUGGAAGCAUUUUGCCUGCUUCAGCAAUAUCAUUAUACUGCACUUAUCUCUGCUAUAGUGCAAUGGCUAGUGAACCCAGAGAUUAUGAGUGCAAUGGUCUUCACAAACACUCAAAAGCUGUUUCCACUGGCUCUCUUACUUUGGGAUUAGUCACAACAGUUUUAUCAGUUGUGUAUUCUGCCGUGCGUGCUGGAUCUUCCGCCGCAGUGCUUUCCCCACCAAGCUCACCUCGUGCUGGGAAGCCUUUGCUUCCAUUGGAUACUAAGGAGGAAGAAAGUAAUGAGAAAGCGAAGCCAGUUACAUAUUCAUAUGCCUUCUUCCACUUGAUUUUCUCUCUUGCUAGCAUGUAUUCUGCAAUGCUUCUGACAGGUUGGUCUACCUCUGUUGGAGAGAGUGGUAAGUUGGUUGAUGUGGGGUGGCCUUCAGUUUGGGUUCGGAUUAUCACUUGCUGGGCAACUGCUCUACUAUACUUAUGGUCUCUCGUAGCUCCUGUCAUGUUCCCAGAGCGGGAGUUCUGAGUGGUUUUCUACUCAAUUUCUCAUGCAUGGCUCUGAGAAAGGUUGUGUGUAACCUUGACUAAUAUGUAUUUGUUUGCAGUUGUGCAGCGUUUAUCAUAAUAUGCAUCUAUAUCCACAAACAUGGUAAAAAGUAUGAUAUGAAUGGCAAUUCCAAUUGUCAUGUUUUCAAUUGUAUAGUGAAACUGAAAUUUGUACCCUGAAUAAAUAUAAUGCCCAUAUAGUUUAUGUUUGCAUCCUCCAUCACACAAUUACAUGCACCAAGCAAACAAAAGCUUAUAUCAGAAUGUUUUAAAGAGUUUAUUAGAAAAA